AAUUGUUUCAUUUCAGGAAAUUAAAAGUAGGAAUGAUUUGGAUUCUGGAGAGGGACAAAGAUGUCCAGCGAAGCAAGUAAGGUUGAAAUCUCUAUGAUCGAAAACAGUGUCCUUGUGGCUCUCCUGGUGUCUCCUACUCUAUUCUCCCCUUUCGUUGGCUUUUGAAGGUGAAACUUUUCCCCUCUUCCGUGAGAACAGAACAACCUCAGAAAACCCUAAACCCCUCCAACCCAUUCCCACAUUGUACUACCCUGUUAGUUAGUCAAGUAGCUUCACUCACUCUUUCUAUUUCCAGAAUGCCAAAUCCAAAUCCAAAGCACCUUUUCCACGCCACUCUCUUCCUCUCGAUACUUCUCCAGGCGCUGUCUAAAUCCACGAUUGAGCCAUGCUCGAACUCCGACUCAUGCAACGCGCUUCUGGGAUACACCCUCUACACGGACCUCAAAGUCUCCGAAGUGGCGUCGCUCUUCCAAAUCGACCCCAUCGCGCUUCUCACCGCGAACGCCAUCGACAUCUCUUACCCCGACGUGGAGCACCACAUUCUUCCCUCGAAGCUCUUCCUCAAAGUCCCCAUCUCCUGCUCCUGCGUCGACGGCAUUCGCAAAUCCGUCGCUACUCACUACAAGACCCGCCCCUCCGACACCCUCUCCUCCAUCGCCGACGCCGUCUACGCCGGCCUCGUCUCCUCCGACCAGCUCCGCGAGGCUAACUCCAUUUCCGACCCUUCAGUUCUUGAUGUGGGCCAAAACCUCGUCGUUCCUCUCCCUUGCACCUGCUUCAACGGCUCCGAUAACUCUCUCCCCGCGAUUUACCUCUCUUAUGUUGUUCGCCCCGUUGAUACCCUCGCUGCCGUUGCUGCUAGGUACUUCACCACUCUCACUGAUUUGAUGAAUGUUAAUGCCAUGGGAAGCACUGCUAUUAACGACGGUGAUAUCCUCGCUGUUCCAAUACCCGCUUGUGCUUCGAAUUUUCCGAAAUCCGCCUCUGAUUUUGGCAUGCUUGUCCCUAAUGGAAGCUACGCCAUUACCGCGGGGCACUGUGUGCAGUGUAGCUGUGGACCCAAAAACCUUGAUUUGUACUGUAUGCCGGCUUCUUUGGCUGUUUCUUGCUCCAGCAUGCAAUGUAGAGGCAGCAACCUUAUGCUUGGGAAUGUUACCGUUCAGCAGACUAGUGGUGGUUGCAAUGUUACUGCUUGCAAUUAUGAUGGCAUUGUUAAUGGCAGCAUUGUAACAACGUUGUCCCCUUCUCUUCAGCCUCAAUGUCCAGGGCUGCAGGAAUUCCCUCCUCUUGUUGCCCCACCUACAACCGUUGCAAGGGACACGGUGUUUGCACCAGCACCAGCACCACUGUUCGAUGGAGAUGGUCCAGCAUCACCCAAAUCAUCGCUGGUGCCUUCAACGGGGCUUCCAGGAGGAUUCUCUCCUGCAAAUGGCCCUAUUAGCGGCAUAUCUUCUGGUGCUUCGGCUGCAUGCUCCUUGGUGAAACCAUUUCCCGCUUUGACGUAUGCACUAGUGUUAUUGCUUGUCAAGUUGAUGAUACCCGUGGCAUUGUAAUCUUCUCAAUUUUGUGGUGGGUUUAGUUGGCCUGCUACUUGUGUUUGUGACAGGUGCUCUGUCUAUUGUAGCUGCUAACAUUCAUUUUGUACCCUUGAACUGAUUUGUGAAUCUGGAAAACUAUGGGAUUUCAGGUUUCAUCUCACGCUUAGCCAUUUAUUUUUUGGUGCUUUGCUGA